GAACGCUCCCCAACGCUGGAGCACUGCGCGUGUGGAAAUCACGGAGCUCGAGCUCUGUUCUGAUUAUGUCAAACACUGUGCGCCGGGGACUGAUUGUUCCGCGCCACUAAAGCUUCUAAGACAGGCAUUUACAAACAACAUAUUCCUAUAAUAAACGACAGAGGAAGCGCCAAUAUGGAUGGCGAUGACGAUAACGAUAACAUGGAAGAAGUUGUGGAAGGGCCACUGGAUGAGGAUGACCAACCUCAUGGUUUCUGUACUGUAACAUACUCAUCCAGCGACCGAUUUGAGGGACACUUUGUACAUGGGGAAAAGAAUGGAAAAGGCAAAUUUUUCUUUUUCGAUGGGAGUACACUGGAGGGUUUCUAUGUGGACGAUGCUUUACAGGGCCAGGGCAUUUACACACAUGAGGCUGGAGGAGCAUUACAUGGGACGUACAUAGAAGGCGAGCUCAAUGGACCUGCUCAAGAGUUCGAUUCUGACAGUCACCUGGUCUUCAGGGGCCAGUACAAGGACAACAUUCGCUGUGGCAUGUGCUGGGUCUACUACCCGGAUGGUGGGUGUGUGGUGGGGGAAGUGAAUGAAGAUGGAGAAAUGACCGGAAAGGCGGUGGCCUAUGUUUACCCUGAUGGAUGCACUUCUCUAUAUGGCACCUUUGUAGACGGAGAACUUACUGAGGGUCGACUUGCUACUCUUGCCACUCAAGAGAACGGAAGACCACACUUCACAGUUGAUCCAAACAGUCCCGUUUACCGCUACGAUAAAUCCACUUCUUCCUGCAUUGCUGGACAUAAACUGUUGCUGGACCCCUAUGAGAGCCAACGGGUGUAUGUGGUACAGUCACUUAUCUCUGGAGCCGGAGAAGGGCUGUUUGCAAAAACUGAAGCUAAGUCUGAAACAGUGAUGGCUUUUUAUAAUGGUGUCCGCAUCACACAUUCAGAGGUGGACAGUCGUGACUGGUCCCUUAAUGGGAAUACCAUUUCAUUGGAUGAGGACACAGUGAUUGAUGUUCCGAAACCAUUCAAUCUGAUGGAGAAUUAUUGUGCAUCUCUAGGUCACAAGGCCAAUCACUCCUUCAAACCCAACUGCAAAUAUGACCCGUUCGUCCACCCUCGUUUCGGGCAGAUAAAAUGUGUCCGUACAAUCUGUGCAGUACAGAAGGAUGAGGAACUUACUGUUGCUUAUGGUUAUGACCAUGAGCCAUCAGGGAAAUCUGGUCCAGAGGCACCGGAUUGGUACAUAAAGGAAUUGCUGGAGUUUCAGCAGAGGGAAUCAGAAAAAGGGGCUGAAGACACCUGCUGAGCCCCCUCUUACCUCUGUCAACACUCCUCACAAAACAUCUCCCUUCCUACCUGCACAACCACCAGAAACUCUAACCAUGUCCUCUGACUAUCUUGCAGUGUGCUAACACUAACAAGUGUUUGUUUGCUCUAUUACCAUUUUUUCUGAAAUGAUUUCGGUCGUGCUCUAUAUCCUCAUUGGUUUUACAAGAACUGUGAAAUCUUUGCUCAUAUUACGGAGCAAGCUGCAAAUUUGUAUGGUUCUACAUUGUGGAAGGACUAGUAAAUAGUAUGUGUCUGUCUGCUUAGUUGGUUGCCCUAUAAAAAUACAGAGAUCAAACAAGGGCAAGUGAUUUAUAAGAAUUUGUCUGAAAUGCAGGUAAUGGAGUUGGAAUGUUUUAAAGAUCAUUUUCUGUAUUUCUUGAGGUAUUCAGCCUUUGUUCCACAACUUCUGAUAACUAUGCAGUAUUAAACCAGUAUGUGUCUUUAGUUACUGAUGUGUUCCCUAAAUGGCUUUACAUUUUACAUGGUUGGUAACACCAGCAAGUAUAAUCUGUCCUGUCUCUUGCGGCACAUAUGAACAGAAUAUCCUGUCCUUAGAGUUAACAUGAAAAAGGCUCUAGUGGCCUUGAAGUACAGUAUUAUACCGUGAAAACACAGUGUUAUUUUUGUGUUUUUCCCCACACCAAGAAUGCAGUGGAAAAUGUACACUGCUAAAAGAAUAAUUGAAACAAGCUGAAUUUGUAGGAGAAUAGUGGGGAAUAUAUGUGGAAGUAUUGAGCUCAUGGGUUAAGGGAAAUUUGUUUACUGAACUUAAGUCGAUGAGAUGCAAUUAGCUAUUUGCAAUAUUUAUCAAUAAAAACCCUCCUUGAAGUCACA